GUAUCAAAGACAAACGCACCGGCCGGGUCGAGAAACAUUUCAUUGUUUUGAAGUAAACAGUUACAAAGUACAUGUAAUUGGUCUUGCAGUCUUGCACUUGUUGGGACUUGAACAAGAACUUUUCCCACAUAACUUGUUGCUUGCUCUAGCGGAGGAUACACCCUUGCUUUCUGCGGACUGGAUCAUGUUAUAGCGCGGAAGUCUGGCAGAUUAGAAUGGCUGCCCAAAACGGGCAUGGCGGCAGUGAUUCGGCUGGACAGCAAGCUCCACAAAGUCCAAAUUACCAACUGAAAUUCACUCUGAAUGGACAUUUGAAGGCUGUCAGCUCAGUUAAAUUUAGUCCUGAUGGCCUGUGGCUCGCGAGUGCGUCUGCGGACAAAAUGAUAAAGAUAUGGGGGAGCCAAGAUGGAAAGUUUGAACGUACCAUUACUGGCCAUAAGCAAGGAAUAUCUGAUGUUGCCUGGUCAGAAGAUUCAAAACUGCUCGUGUCCGCGUCGGAUGACAAGACUCUGAAAAUAUGGGAGGCUUCCAGUGGCAAGUGCCUGAAGACGCUCAAGGGCCACUCAAACUACGUCUUCUGCUGCAACUUCAACCCGCAAGGGAAUCUAAUUCUGUCCGGAUCGUUUGACGAGAGUGUUCGAAUCUGGGAUGUAAAGACGGGCAAAUGCUUGAAAGUUCUUCCAGCCCACUCCGACCCAGUGUCCGCGGUGAAUUUCAAUCGUGAUGGUUCGCUCAUUGUGUCCUCGAGCUUUGACGGCCUUUGUCGAAUCUGGGAUGCAGCCACCGGUCAGUGUCUUAAAACACUAAUUGAUGAUGACAACACACCAGUAGCGUAUGUGAAGUUUUCACCAAAUGGCAAGUACCUACUGGCAGCAACACUGGACAGCGCAUUGAAACUGUGGGACUACAGCAAAGGCAAGUGCCUAAAAACCUACACUGGCCACAAGAACACCAAGUUCUGCAUAUUCUCAAACUUCUCCGUGACGGGUGGCAAAUGGAUUGUCAGUGGUUCGGAGGACAACAUGAUCUACAUUUGGAACUUGCAGACGCGUGAGGUUGUGCAGAAGCUUGUCGGCCACACAGACGUAGUCCUGUGUACAGCUUGCCAUCCAUCGCAGAACAUUAUUGCAAGCGGUUCACUUGAAGAGGACAAGACUGUCAAGAUCUGGAAAUCAGAUGUGUAACGUGGCGAAUGACUUCCAACGACGUUUGCAACAAAAAUCUUCGCUCUGUACUGUUUUCUAUCGCGAGGCAUGCUGCUUUUGAAUUCUUGUGGUCAUGUUUAGUUGAUGCGGCACUGGUGGUGCCCCUACCGCCCUUUCUGUCCUUACAAAGGUUUUAGUUUACUUUGAGUGGUGCACACAACAUGUCCGUGAUUUUCUUUGUCGCUCCCCUUCUUUUGUAUUUAGGUGCUCUUACCCACACUAGCUGUAUGUUGUUGUUUAGGAGUCCAUGCAUCCACUGUGUGUCUGCUGAAACUGUGAUGCGUUGUGCUGCUCAAUGUGAUUUGUUCUUUUCUUCUGCAUGCUGAGUUUCAUACUGGUAGUUUUUUUUAAAGCAUUUUUCUCAUCAAUGUGAUGCUGAUUUGUGAGAAACAAGCAUACUACUUUCCACCUGUGGGAACCAACGCAAGGAGAGCUGUGCUGCAGAGACUCCACCAGCUUACUGGCGUCGGUGUUGGCUGAUUCACACAUGUUUCCAUUGGGGUGAUGUGAAGUCAGGCGCUCAUUCAACUCUA